CUCCCUCCCCUCCCUCCCGCCCUCGCGCGCCUCCCUGCCUCCCUCCCUCCCUGCCGCGGCUCGGCUCCCUCCCCUCCCGCCGGCCGGAGGCAGCCGGGUCGCGCUCGCCGGCUCCCACUGCUCUUCCCCCAGUGAAUGGUCGCGGCGGGAGCGGGGGCAGGGCGAGCCCGGCGGGGCGCGGGCCGGCGGCGGCGGCGGGAGCGGAGCCCCAGCGCGGAGGAGCCGCCGGCAGCGGGCAGCGCCCGGCGAGAACAGAACAGGCCCCUGAUAGGAUCUGACUAUCCUUCUGCACGGCCAAAUCUGAAUAAUUCAAAGUUCACAGGAAAAUUCUGAUGGAAAACUGACCUGUUGAAAAGGGAAUUUCAAAUGCAAGUUCUAUUCUAAAUAAGACACCUCAAGGACCAGGAAGUCUACCAGCGAGCCUGUAGGGCCACCAGGUUAUCAGAGAUUAGAAGGAACAUUCAAAGAAGGAAAAGGAACCAAGAUAAAAGACCCCGGCACAGCCCCUUGAGAGCACAGCGGUGGCGUGGCCAGGGAGGGACAGCUGCCAGGCGAGGAGAGAGGAACACAGCAACGAGCUGUUGAAGUGCGCGGCGGCACUGCGACCCGGGGCCAAGCGAGGCCGGAGGAAGCUGGCUGCAGGGGAGGGGGGAGGCUGCCAAAAAGAAAGCAGGGACUUGUGAGCACGGUGUCCUGGUUACAUGCAGAUUUCUUGGUCAGGUCCCCAGGUUCAGCUCGGUUUGGAAAAAAAAAUAGCUGCAAGCUGACCUAGUAUCAUUAAUUUAAACUGGUAUGCACGUGUCCCAGAAAGAGUAUGCAUUAACUGAGAAAGAUGCUCAUGACUGACUUUGCAGGAAGCCAUUACUUUCAGCAUGAAGCUUCGAGUGCCAAGCUUAAUAUGCCAUCAUCCAAAACUGUUUGUCUUUCCAAAUGGCAGUAUUGCCAGAUGUCCGAAGUGGUUGACCUAAGUGGUUGAUCGAAAGACUUGGAACACAGGUGUGUGAUGUCAAUCUAGUGGGCAGUCCUUGGGGCCAUCCCCGCCAGCCUGGAGCGUCAUGUGCCAGUAUGAAUAUUAGGAAAGAAAAGCGCACUUCAGAGCUCAGCAUCCAAGAGAGAAAAAAGGAGGAACUAAGCAGAGAGAACAAAUGACCGUGCUGCUUGCGAAACUUUAGGCAGUUAACUUUUUCUCCUGAGAAAUUUUAUCUUGGCUGUUGUGAGAGAGCUGAAAAAGCAGAGCAGCAACAGUGAUUUUCUUAGUGUUCUUUUUUCUUUUUUAAUUUAAUUUUUUCUCCUUCUGCCUGGAUUUAAGACCAUCAGCUGCACUGAUCACAAGCACUGGACAUCAAUAUGUGUCAUGUCAUUGUAACGUGUCGGUCAAUGCUAUGGACGCUCCUGAGCAUUGUUGUGGCUUUUGCAGAGCUCAUUGCUUUCAUGAGUGCAGACUGGCUGAUUGGCAAAGCCAAACCUUUGAGCUCUGAGGAUAUGGACAACAGAACAGGAGGGUCGCAGGAGCCCUACCACCCAACGCUGGGCAUCUACGGGCGUUGCACCAGGAUCUCCCACAUGCAGGUUUCUAGACGAGACAUGCUUUGUGGUCCUUACGCUGAAAACUUCAAUGAGAUUGCCAGUGGGUUCUGGCAGGCUACCGCUAUUUUCCUAGCUGUGGGAAUCAUGAUUCUCUGUGCUGUGGCAUUUGUGUCCGUCUUUACUAUGUGUGUGCAGAGUAUUAUGAAGAAAAGUAUUUUUAAUGUCUGUGGGCUGCUACAAGGGAUUGCAGGCCUCUUCCUUAUCUUAGGCUUGAUACUUUACCCUGCAGGUUGGGGAUGCCAGAAAGCAAUAAGCUAUUGUGGACAUUACGCUUCUGCUUACAAACUAGGAGACUGCUCGUUGGGCUGGGCUUUCUACACAGCUAUCGGUGGCACUGUUCUGACAUUCAUCUGUGCUGUCUUCUCGGCGCAAGCUGAAAUUGCCACAUCCAGUGACAAAGUACAAGAAGAAAUAGAAGAAGGGAAAAACCUUAUCUGCCUCCUCUAACUACAGUGGGAAAAAUACCAGUGCCUGGAUCUUAAUCUGCUGUCCAGUGACUUGAUAAGCAGAUUCACUUACCUGUUUCCACCACUUGUGUGAUUGAGCCCCAUGCAUUCCAGCCCUGAACUACUGAAACAGUCUUUCUUCCUUGCUGGGCAAUGAGAAGCAGAGAAAGGAUCCCAAGAAAAUAGAAUGUAAAUUCUUGGGAAUUUUUUUUUUUCAUUAUAUUAUCAGGACUAAGUGGAAUAUAUUAAUCAGAUGGGGGGGGAUGAGGAAACAUUUGUAUAUAGCAGGAAUGUUGUUAUAUAACUGACAAAUUCUGAUUGAUGCGAUUGCCUUACCCACCUUGGUCACUCUGAAGAAUUUGGAUUUAAAAUAAUAAAAGCCAGCAUAUUUUUCUUAUAUAAAAAAGGAGAAGCCUAUUUUAAUUAGGUUUUGUUUCCAAGGGCUACCCUCACCUGUGAAUACUUCACCACCACCUGCUUUGGUACCGUACUUUUCACUGAGGUGCUUUUUUGAUACUGAAUUUCCUUGAAGUACAGUGCCUUCUUGAAUAAUAAGUAUAUAAUGAAGAGAGAAAAGUUGACAUGAUGCAGUUUAUACCUAUCUUUAAGGAGGAGUUGAAGUUGAAUCCUUGCCAUAUUUCUUUGUAUUGAACCUUACAAUGCAAAAUAUGUGCUACUUUUUACUUAGCAGGUAAAAUAUUUUGGUUUCAUUGAAUAGGCAGAGAAGCUGUUGUUAGACUGGCUUACACCUGUGUCUGAUAAAAACUAGCAGAAUUAUUCUUUUAGCACAUGUUGGGCAAAAUAUUUAUACAGCAAUUGUGCCUUUAUCAGAAAGCAGAUAACUCCACAGCCCAGCUGGGCAUUAUCUUAUGAAUGCCAACAGUAUGGGCUGGACUUCAGCCGCCUCUACAAAUGUAGAUCACAUGUUGGACUUGCACAGUAUUAUUCUUUCUCUUGCCAGUGAAACCUCACUCCUAGUCUACAGACCAAUAUGUCUAAUGUCCUGGAGCCAGCUGAGUGUUUAAUACAUUUACAUCUUUCAGGAAGCCAUGCCAAAUUCUAAAUGGCUGGGAAGAUCUUUUCCCGUUUUUUUAACCACAUGUAGUAUGGACCAUUUUCCAACUAAAUCAGCAGAAAUAAAACAGAGCUGGCCACGACGACAUUCCUUUCUCAAAGGCAGGCAGUUGUGUUACUUGUGGUGUCUCAUCACUUACUAGAACUACUUCUGAAAACAAAUUCAAAAGGUAUUAAUAGAAGGAAUGAUGCAACUACAAUGGUAUAGAAGCACAGGGGAGAAUUCAUCUGACAAGUAAUUCUAAUGAAAUAAGUAGUGCAUCUUAGACUCUUCUUCUUAGUGGUCAGUAACAUUUAACCCUACCCGAUGAUAGUGCUGCCGCUCCAUCUGGUCACUGCAUAAUAUGGAAUGUAUUCUGGUUUAUGCCUGGUAAGUCUGUUAAUGUGUGCCAGAAGCUGUUCAUAGGUAUUAAAAUUGUUAUUGUACAGGUAGAUAGCUCACAUCUGUCUACUUCUCUGUGCCCCAACCCCAAGUCACUCAUGAUACAAGACUCGUUCAGCAGUUGCUGCUGCAAGCCAAGGGCUGGGCUUGAGCCUGUGCGCACACAAGCCGUCACUGCCCCACGGAUGGCUGCUGCGUGCGUGGAUACUGCCUUGCCGGCGCUGCUCCCAGCCUGUGCGUGCCUGCGCGCUCGCGCCAGAUGCCAGAGGGAUGCGUAGAUGGUCUGUGAGCCACUCUUCAAAAGCUAAGGUCAACCUCUGGUGAUAUUAAGGUAUUACUUUAAUCUCUUUUGUAUUAACCUAUUUCUCUAGCCCACUUUCACCGUAUUCUAGAUUUUAAAAUAGAUAAUUCACUUUUCUUUCAAAUAUUUAAUUAAAAAAAAAAAAAACACCCAAAGUUGUGGUCUGGAACCAAUUAUGCCAGAUAGCUGCACAAAGCCAGAUUCACUUUAACAAACCAAAACCACUAGAACAAAGUGGUGUCUGAGGACAAGAAAAAAAAAAAUUAUAUAUAUGUAUAUAUAUAUAUAAAAAAAAAAAAUCACAGCCCGCAUAUCCUAUCCAUACAUGUGCUUUACUUACUGCCCCCCCCCCCCCCCGUACACAGAAAGAUACCUUUGGAAGGACAUGCUGUUGUUCUACAGUUACAUUAGCUGCACACGAAGCCCAGCGCCGCUGUGCCGGAGCCCCCUGCUGGAUGGCGCGCGGCUGUGCGCCCACACACCCUGGCCUUGGAGGAGAGCGGCUGGGAAGAAUAAGAGUAGCAUAAAAUUGAGUGAAAAUGAAUCGCAAAAUAGAUUUAUUGUUUUAGCUCUUCUUAGGUGGGUAGCAAUCCAACGUCAAUGUUGCCACUGCCAACAAAUUUUGACACUACAUUAGUGUGACAAAUGCUGCUUUGGCUUGACCACUUGAUUAGUCAGAAUAAGGUCAGUUUUUCCAGAAAGUAUAGCGGGCAUAUACUGCUUUCCACUUAAAGGUAAACCGUGAACAACUUUAAUUAUAUGUAUUAUUAGCUGACCUUUGCUGUGAUCUCCAGAGAGCUUAAAAAUUUUAAUAUUGGAGUUUUUAAGUAUAAAGAAAGUAUUUUCAGUGGAAUAUUUUGCUUUUGUUUGCAUUCGUAACCGAGAAGAACCAGCUUUUCUGCUUGUUGCUGGCGUACUAGCAACUUGCUCUGCAAUGGCAUAAUCAAUGAACUUGCAAGAAUAUCCAUGUUCAUCACCUAGCACAGUUAGAAGACAGGCUGGGAAGAAAUGCAGAAACAAAUCAGAAUUUCUUUUCUCAGGGGUCUGUUUUUUCUAGCAAGUGAUAAGAUGGUAUAUAGAUAUAUAUGUAUUGCAGAUUUUUCUGGAUGAAGUUUUUUCAGGUGUAUGGUGCACUCAUUUAAUCUGACAUCUGGUCAAAGUUGUUCCUGAAAUUCACCUCAGCAGUAGCUUUCAAAGAUGUUUUGAAAAAAACAACACAGAAGAAAAAGAAAUCAGCUUAAAACUGAUUUAAUUAAUGUCAUGAUGGGGCUGUGGAGUGUAACUGCUUCUUAAUGUACAUGCACUGCAUAGGAUUUGGAAAAAUUUGCUGUGGAUUCUUUAAAACCUGUGUGCCAAUUAGUUCAGUUUUAACUUUGACUUUUUUUGUGGUAUUGAAGAAGUCUUCAAACAUCUGUGGUUUGAUCUCCUCUGUAAACUUAUAUUCUGUAAAGUGCCAUAGACCAUUUUUUAAAAGUGUAGCAUAUUUAAAUACAUAUAUAUAUAUAUAAAUAUAUACACAAACUUGUGUGAGAUGUGCAAUAACAGGAAUUUUUUUUUUGUAGUUUUUGGUUUUAAACAAGAUAUUUGAAAAGGGACUUCCCCAGGAAGGAGUGGCUGGAGUUUUGGUGAUGUGGACAAAUUGAGCAUAGAAUAAUGCAACAGAAGCACUGGUUUAGAAGAUGAAUGCAACAACAGUGACAGCAGCUUAAAGAUUUAACUAAAAAUCUCUUCUAGACUAAUUUGAAAUGCUCCUAUCUAUGUAAUACAGACCAUCCAAAUGUGAAGCUGUAUCCCUCUUUGGCAAUUUACAGUCUAAAAGCUGAAGAGGCUCAGCCUGUUCCUUAAUGUGCUUUAUAGUAACGCGGCACUGCAAAAAACAUUGCAACUGAGCUAUUUCUGGUUAGUCUAGAUCAUCUUUGCAUCUGUUUUACUCAGUAAAAUUAACAUUCUCUGGAUUCUGAGAGUUUUUCAGCUAAAUCAUUUCAAUUUUGCAUUAUUAUCCCACAUCAGAAUAUCUCACUUCCUAGUGGUAAAGGGAGAUUUCAAGUUUUCCUUGGAAGCAGUGGGCACUGAAGCCUACCACAGGGAACCAUCGUGGAAGGACAGAGCCCAACAAAAGUAGAGCGCGGCAGCAAUGUGUACACCACAGCCACCUCGUAUGAAAGGAGCGGCUGUGGCCAUCCAGCUGGACUAGAUUUUGAGCCAUGGUUUAUUUGUGGUACUGCUGUUGUGUUCUUGAGUCACCACUAUGUACAUUUGUUAGCAUGAAUGAUGUACCUAAUGUUUUUUAAUCAAAAUUUCAAUUAAAAUGUGAGUUUUCAAACUUUAACAGAA